AAGCGAUGGUUAGUCAAUUAAACAUAUUCCAGCUACAUGGAUCAAGUGCUUGUACAAGGGGGCUCGUCUUUCGAGGGGUACCUCAUAGAGACAAGAUACCCCAAAAGGAUUCACAAUCGUUCGUAGCAUUACACUUGCAUGAUAUCAACCGUGCAAUUCUCUGGGCUACUAUUCUGUGUAGUUCCUCUGUAUCCAGGCAGCAAUCCGGCUUAGACGUCCGGCCUUUCUUCGUACCAGAGGAUCGAUGGAGAUACUAGGCAAGACCCUGCCCCGCUAAAAUUUUGUGAGAAUCAGUCACAAAGCAUCCCACUAUUAGACCUUCUUCCUUCCCCAGAUACCCGUCUCCCUCUUUCUUUCCUUUCUCUUUCACUUCUCUCUCCCUGUUCUACUUCUACUACAUCGAUUCUCUAUUUCAAAAUGGCGACCGACAACUCGGACCCAAUUCCUCCCCACAAGACGUUCGAUACCAUCCUGGUACUCGACUUCGGCUCCCAGUACACGCAUCUGAUUACGCGCCGCCUCCGCGAACUCAAUGUAUACUCUGAGAUGCUGCCAUGCACUACCAAGAUCGCUGAUCUGCCCUUCACCCCCAAGGGAGUUAUUCUCUCCGGUGGCCCGUACUCCGUCUACGAGGAAGGCGCACCACACGUCGACCACGCUGUUUUCGAUCUCGGCGUACCGAUCCUGGGAAUAUGCUACGGAUUACAAGAGAUGGCGUGGCACUUUGGAAAGAACGCUGGCGUAGCUGCUGGCGAGAAGAGGGAAUACGGACACGCGAACCUGAAGGUUGAGAGUCACGGUGGACACAUGGACCAGCUGUUCAAGGACUUGGGCAACGAUCUCGAGGUCUGGAUGAGCCAUGGUGACAAGCUGAGCCACAUGCCUCAGGACUUCAUGACGGUUGCGACAACUACCAACGCGCCAUUUGCAGGUAUUGCGCACAGCACCAAGAAGUACUACGGCAUUCAGUUCCACCCUGAGGUUACACACACAAAGAAGGGUAAGGUUCUGUUGAAGAACUUCGCCAUCGACAUCUGCGAGGCCAACACCAACUGGACUAUGAGCAAGUUCGUCGAUCAGGAGAUCACGCGUAUCAGGAAGUUGGUGGGCGACAAGGGACAGGUCAUCGGUGCCGUCAGUGGUGGCGUCGACUCGACUGUUGCUGCAAAGCUGAUGAAGGAGGCCAUUGGCGACCGCUUCCACGCCGUCAUGGUCGAUAACGGCGUCCUGCGACUCAACGAAGCCGUUCAAGUGAAGAAGACGCUCGACGAGGGCCUGGGCAUCAACCUGACCGUCAUCGACGCGUCCGACCUCUUCCUCGACCGCCUCAAGGGCGUAACUGACGACCCCGAGAAGAAGCGCAAGAUCAUCGGCAACACUUUUAUCGAGGUCUUCCAGAAGCAAGCCGAAAAGAUCAAAGCAGAAGCUCACGAAUCUGCCAACGCUGGUGAUAUCGAAUGGCUCCUUCAAGGUACCCUCUACCCUGACGUCAUCGAGUCGCUCUCCUUCAAGGGCCCUUCUCAAACCAUCAAGACACACCACAAUGUCGGUGGUCUACCAAAGGACAUGAAGCUCAAGGUCAUCGAGCCUCUACGUGAGCUUUUCAAGGAUGAGGUCCGUGAGCUGGGCAAGGAGCUCGGUAUCCCCGAAGACCUCGUCUGGCGCCACCCGUUCCCCGGUCCAGGUAUCGCAAUCCGCAUCCUGGGUGAGGUCACACGCGAGCAAGUCCGCAUUGCGCGGGAAGCUGAUAACAUCUUCAUCGAGGAGAUCAAGGCCGCGGGUCUGUACAAGAAGAUUAGUCAGGCGUUCGCUGCGCUUCUGCCUGUCAAGGCGGUUGGUGUCAUGGGUGACAAGCGAGUUCACGACCAGGUCAUCGCGUUGAGAGCUGUUGAGACAAGUGAUUUCAUGACAGCGGACUGGUACCCCUUCGAUGGCGAGUUCCUCAAGAGGGUUAGCAGGAGGAUCGUGAACGAGGUGAACGGAGUUUGCCGUGUGGUAUACGACAUCACGAGCAAGCCUCCCGGUACUAUUGAGAUGGAGUAGACAUGCCGCGUGAUGGAGUUGUGCGUAAGUGCACGAAGUAGAUGUAGCCGGCAAGCCAGAUUCAGAUAUGAAGGUUUUUAGACAUAUGAUACCCCUGUAUAAGUCACGAUGAAGUGAAAUACAACUUUUCAAUUCAAUACCGAAGUGCUGC